CAAAAGAAAGAGCAGGGAGGAGGCCCGCGAUGACCACGCCUCCUUGUUUGUGACGUCAGCGAGCAGGCUUGGCUCCAGUGUCCGCUUUGGGACGCACUCAGCGCGGGGGAAAAUGCUGCUGUCCGUACCGCCGAGGACCGCCGUCAACACGUACAACAGCAGGAACAGCAAAAAGCAGUCCUAUGUCUCCUCCGGCCUCCAGAUGGCACCACCGAGUCCCAACACUAACAGCAGCAGCGCGAGCAGUGGAGGAGGCGGUGAACAACUGAGCAAAACCAACCUCUACAUCCGCGGCCUUCACCCCGGGACCACCGACCAGGACCUGGUCAAACUCUGCCAGCCGUACGGGAAGAUCGUAUCCACCAAAGCCACUGACAAAACAACCAAUAAGUGCAAAGGUUAUGGCUUUGUUGACUUUGACAGUCCUGCAGCAGCUCAAAAAGCUGUAACAGCUCUAAAGUCCACCGGCAUUCAGGCCCAAAUGGCCAAACAACAGGAGCAGGACCCGACUAACCUGUACAUCUCCAACCUGCCCGUGUCGAUGGAUGAGCAGGAGCUGGAGUCCAUGCUGAAAUCGUUCGGUCAGGUGAUUUCCACACGAAUCCUUCGAGACGCCAACGGGACCAGCAGAGGCGUCGGGUUCGCCAGGAUGGAGUCCACAGAGAAAUGUGAAGCCAUUAUUCAACAUUUUAAUGGAAAAUAUAUUAAAACUCCACCAGGAGUGCCAGUGCCCACAGAACCGUUGUUAUGUAAAUUUGCUGACGGGGGACAAAAGAAGAGGCAGAAUCAGGGGAAGUACCUGCAGAACGGCAGGACUUGGGGCAGAGACACUGACACGGGAGGAAUGACACUAACGUACGACCCAACAGCCUUACAGAAUGGGUUUUAUUCGUCUCCGUACAGCAUCGCCCCAAACAGAAUGAUUGCUCCGACAUCUCUCUCUCCCUACAUGUCUUCCCAAGUUCCGUCAUACCAGGUUCACAGUCCGUCAUGGAUGCACCACCAAUCGUACCUCAUGCAGCCCACAGGGACCGUUUUAACCCCAACUCUGGACCACACCAUGUCCAUCCAGCCCACCUCCCUGAUGAGUCCCUUAACCCAGCAGCUCAGUCACCUCACACUAGGAAGCGCUGGAACGUACAUGCCUGCGAAUACGACUAUGCAGGGGAGUUACAUCCCUCAGUACACCUCUGUGCCCCCGUCCAGCGUCUCUGUAGAGGAGAACAGCGGAACCCAUCAACAAGUCCCCAUAGAACCCACUGCAGAUCACACCAACUACACGUACCAACACAGCAAGUGAAGCUGAGGCCGUGUGAUGGACGUGAUGAUGCGGUGGGGAGGUGUGGAUGUGAUGCGGCGGGUAAUGGUGCUUUGUCUGUGAGGUAAUCAAGUUUCCCGCUGACGUGCAGAACGAGAAACAUGGAUACAAACACAGAUGAACAAAGCAACACUUUUUUUGUAGAGUAGAAAUGAAAAACAGACUUCACUUAUCUUUCACUCAGCCAAAAGGUGGGAGAUUUCAGAGAAGGAGCUUUCUUCCAUUUUGAUAACUAAAGAAAAAAAAACAAGAAUAAUAUAAAUUCCUGAAAAGGUGAAGAGACACAUUGUGUUAGAGUCAUGUAUUCAUGAGAGAGAGAGAGAGAGAGAGAGAGAUUGUGUAACACCACCACCCUUUCUUCAUUGUUUUUUUUUCUUUUUUUUUGGAAAAUAUGCAAGUGUUUUUAAUUUUUGUUUGUGUUACUUUUGUUUUUCAGCAGCAGCUUGAGAUAUUUUUGUACUGAAACAUGAACAAUGCAUUUUAUUUUAUUUGUCAUUAGUUUAGUGUUUUUAAUUUUUAUUUUUGCUACAGGUGAACCAUUUAAAGUCACUUCUUUAUCAAAGUAAAAAAAAAUUUAACAAAUACUUUCUUUUUAUUUAUUUAUUUUUUUUAAUGCAACAGACAAUCAUUUUUUUAUAAAACAAUUUAUGUGGCUUUAAUCAUGAAGUCAGGACCUCAAAUAAUAAGUAAGUAAAAUACAGAAAAUUGUAGUAAAAGAAGUGACUUUAAGUGAUUUUUUCAUUAAACAAAAAGCAAAAAGCCCAAAUUGUCCUUCACAUCAUCAUUAUAGUGUCACAACAAGACAAGCGUCAUGACGAUGUGAAAUACUGUGAUGAAAAAAACUUUCUCUGUGAUGUGAAAUAAUUUGGGUUAAUUACAAAAAAAUUUUUUUUUUGGUGCUGGGUUUAAUUCUUAAAUAGUUUAAUUCACAGGAAAACAGUAAACACGGCCUUGAAAAGAUUUUUUUUUUUUGGCAUUUUGUCUUUUUGUAGUGAUUUUUGUAGUGUGCAUGUUUCUUUUGUUUUUCUGUACCAUCCAAUUAAAAAAAAUCUAAUAGAGGAAUAGAAAUUGCGUAGCUCUGUAGGAAAGGAACACUGACAGCAAUUUUUCUUUAGCCACCAAAAAUUCACUUUUCACUUCUCAAUUUUUUUAAAUAAAAUAAAUUAUUUUUCUUAAAAAAGAUUUAAUUCAGUAAAGUUUAUCAAGCUUCAUCAUGAUGUCUGAAUGCAAAAUAAGGGCUUAUUUUCUAUUAAAAUAAUGUUUAAUAUGCAGAACAUCUUUAAGUAUAUCAAUGUAAAUAACAAAAAAAGAAAAAAAAUCCAAAAAUAAGUAAAUAAAUGCUAAUUUAAAUUUUUGUAAUUUUGCAUCGGUAUGAUUUUUUUAAAUAUAAUUGGUUGAGAAUAAAGAUAAUUUAAUGUAAUUUGCUUUUUAAAAAUGAAAUAAUUAAGCUAAUUUUUUCACUGCAUACUGUACGUGUUUUUAUUUUU